AUGCCUUCAGCGGAACAACUUCCAAUUCAUGAGGCUACUUCCAUGGUGGUUGUAGCUCCCGUAGAUGACGAGAAAUUAUUGGAUGGAAGUCGCAGUCGCAGUCGCAACAAACACUUAGUACGAAAGCUGAGUAGCAGCUCAUCUCCAAGAAAUAGCUCUCGAUUCAACAACAAGUCAUCAUCACGUCCUAAUUUGAGUGGCAGUAGUAGUAGUUCUCGAAGAUCCUCAGCAAGUUCUACUCGGAAUAGUCUGACUAGUUCUGGACACAAGUCAAGAAACAGCGGCUCCUCGAAAAGUAUUACAACUCUUGGAUCACCAUCAUCUUCCGUUAUUAAGAAUCAGAAUCAGAAUCAGAAUAAUCAGCAUCAUGGAAGGAGAAGGAGGAGUACUAGCGGUAGCAGAAGGCGUACUUCCAAUGGUGGUGAUCGACGAUCUAGGAGCAAGGGCGAAAAACGAAGGAGCAGUAGUAGUAGUAACGGCACCAAUACUACCACCAAUCGGGAACGAAAAUUGCCAACCAGGCAAUGGAGUAGUAGUGGUAGACAAGCCCCAUUAUUGAAACAUCAGCAGCAGCAACAACAGCCAAGUGAUGAUGAAUAUACGGACACAACUAUGAAUACGGCUACGGAUGUUACAUAUUCUGAAGCGAGCGAAGAAAUCCUCAGUAGUAGUAGGCGGAGUUCGAAACAACAAGAUGCUACCAACCACGGUCUCAAACGAGGGCAUUCCUACAGCAGCAAGCGCAAUAGUCCUCAGAUCAAGAGCAGUAGUAGACAAAGUGGUUAUGGUUCUCGAAGCAGCAGUAGCAAGGAACUUCUGUAUCGUACAGAUCAUGGCACCAGUGAUAUCGAGAAGACCAAGAUGAAAUCACCACGUGCCACAAAGCCAGGAGUCCACGAUGUUGUUGCUUCGGACAGCAGGCAUACUCCUUCGAGCAAGAGUGGCAGUAGUCGACGAAGUGGUUAUGGUUCUCGAAGCAGCAGCAGCAGCAGCAAGAAGGAACUUCUGUACGGUACAGAUCAUGGCAACGGUGAUAGCGACAAGGCCAAGAUGAAAUCACCACGUGCCACAACGCCAGGAGUCCUCGAUGUUGUUGUAUCGGACAGCAAUCAUACUCCUUCGAGCAAGAGUGGCAGUAGUAGACGAAGUGGUUAUGGUUCUCGAAGCAGCAGCAGUAAGGAACUCCUGUAUGGUACAGGUCGUGGCAACGGUGAUGGCGACAAGGCCAAGAUGAAAUCACCACGUGCCACAACGCCAGGUGUUGAUCGACUGCGUCACUCCUGGCACACCACUGCUGCUGCAUCAUCUACUAGCAGUAAUAAUCGAAGUAGCAGCAGCAGCGGCAGCAAUAAGAUGGAGUUGCUCUAUGGAGACAAGAAAAACAGUAGUAGGCUCACUCCUGCCAGUGAACCUGGAAGUGAACGAGUGGUGGGAACUCGCCAACUGCUCUACGGUGACAAUAAUGACAAAUAUGGCAAACGCGUAUCCAGAAACAACAAAAGCUCUCGCUCCUCCACACCUGGAGUGGAAGAAGUAGACGGUGAUGAUGAUCGGUACUCUUAUGAUGUCCCAUUGACAACAAGUGUACCAAGAGAAGUUUCCAGCAGCCUGACAGCAGAGAAUACUAAUGAUGAUGAGGAUGAUUUGAAUAGUAAUGAUGAAAACAAAAAAAGCAAACGGAAAUUCAGUUCACUUUGUAUCAUAUCUACUGUACUGUUUGUUUUGCUUCUUGUGGUGGUGGGUGUUGUGGCAGGUUUUGUCUUUCUCGGCAACACCGAUACCGAUACUACUAUUCCAGCCAAUUCUGGUGCUACGGUCACCAACGCUACAUCUGCACCGACUGCAUGGAGAACUUUUGGUCCUACUUCUGGUCAAGUUCCUCCAAGCACCAGUGCUCGUCCGAGCUCGUCGCCAGUUUCUCUAUUGGAUGAUCUUUUGGAUCCACCAACUAAAGAGGAUUGCCGGGCCAUUUCCAACAAUGAAACGAUCCCUGGACAGGAGAACAUGACCCAACGGGACUUCAACCUCAAGCUGGAUGUUACGCUAUCGGUUCAUGGUGACAUUCCAGAGGACGCCGUGGAACAAUUGCUCGCAGCUCUGGAACAGCUCUUUAUCCCAAAAUUGGUGGGUUGCAACAAUACCGAGACGGAUGCAGUGGAAGACCAGCGACGCUUGCUGCGUACUACUAGCACCCCUAGGCGCUUGAAUACAUCCCCCUAUAUUAUUGGAAAUGGAGACGUCACGGGCAACGAGAACCGAGAAGACGAAUGCAAAGAAGGAACUCCAGAACCGGAAAAAUGUCACGUGAUUGACGUGGAAUUGACAGUUUAUCUAAAGGACGAUGAUGCCACAGAGUUCGAUGUUGUAAGCAUUGUAUCCGAGGCCGGACAAGAUGACUUGGUGCCGUUAUUGGAGUUGUCACCAGAUACUUUUGAAGAAGUGGCACUGACGGCUGCUGCUGGUGCGGUACCAUCCGAGGAACCAUCUACUCAACCAUCGUUCUGGUCGAGUAAUUCACCGUCUGUGGUUCCAACUUUGCCAGCAUCUACGUCUCCUACGAAUGCUCCUGUAGUAGGCCCAACCCCUCCUCCAAGUGCCUCACCUUCCAAUUUACCAACUGCCACAGCAUCAGCGUCGCCCUCAAAUGCUGUGCCGAGUGGCAGUCCAUCUGUGCAAGCAACUCCAGCACCAAGUCCUGAACCUACUACAAGCGCACCAACACAAGCCCCAGUGGUGGCACCAGUAGCAACCCCUUUGCCAACUGAAACACCAUCGGAAGCACCAUCAAUCUAUCCAAGUUUUGCACCGUCUGGUUCGCCUUCCACCCCACCUCCUUCUUCUGCACCCUCUUUGUCGUCGAGUCAUGUACCGAGUGAAGUACCGAGUGCAUCACCAUCUGUAAGAUGUUAUUGCACAACUACUAACGCCUGUGAUAUCACUACCAAUCAGUUCAGUGUUGGUUGUGGUUCCUGUGUGGGAGACGGAGCCUGUACUUCAUUAACCUUUUCCAACGAGGCAGCGGCUACCCAUACCAUGGGACAGAAUUCGUGUCGGGGACAGGGAGCGUGCACCAGAGCGUCCAUCCACACCAUUGCCGAUGGUUCCUGUACCGAAGCAUGGUCGUGCCAUGAUAGACAAAUCAAUAUUGGCCCUGCGAGUUGCACAGCUGAAUAUUCCUGCGAGAACAUGCCUGUCGCGAUUGACUUUUGGAAUUCUGCUCGAAAUGGAUUGCUUACCGUCAACACCGGUUCUUGUACUCAGCAAAAAUCAUGCCAUUCGUUUUAUGGAAAUGUUGGAUCUGGAAGCUGCACGGGUCAGUACGCUUGUUCGGAGCGAUUGGAGCUGACCAUUGGGAACAAUGCCUGCCUUUCAGAGCAUUCCUGUUCGUAUGUAGCACCGACCAAUGUUGGAUUUCCAUCGGCGCCGAACAGAAUUGAAGUGGCCAACAAUAGUUGCCAGGGGGCUUACAGCUGCCAAUGUAUGACGAAAGUAUUGGUUGAAGGGGCCUGUAACGCAUUGGGUGAUUGUUGCGACAGCAGCAAUCCAACACGGUAUGCUCCAGGCUUUGUAGUAACUUCAUCUCUUUCCUAG